AUAAAGAGGAAAGAAAUCUUUCUGACUAGGCUACUGUUGGUGCUCAGCUCACCCCUUCCCUCUCUGUCUUAUUUCUUCUGUCUUUCUUCCCCCUGCAGAGAUGGAUUGCGUGCCUUGGCUGAGCUGCGCAGCUGCUGCAGAGAUCUCACGGCGGCGCAGAUGAAAGUAUCGGUCUGGGCUUUGUCGCAGCACCGAGAGCUCGCUCCUUCGGCCCCGUCUCGUGAUCAUCAUCACAUCACCCGCCGAAUAACGCCGUGCCGUGCACAGACACCUGCGGCAACCAACAUUCGAGCGGAUAAUAAGAGAAAGGGCGAUAGGUCGAUAAAUAGCCUAAAAAUGUCGGCUAUAACCGCGUUAUUACCGUAAUCAUCGACUGACGGUAGGGACUAUUGCCUCGAUAACCUAACCGCGCACCAGAAGAGGAGGAAAGCCUCACUUGUUCAGGAACAUCACUUGUGCAGGUCGGGUCCGAAGAUAGGCUGCUCGCUGGCCCAAAGAGACAUGAGACAACUGCAGGAGGCAGGUAACUAGGCAACAAUAGAAACACUGCACGCGCCACGGCGGGAUAACAUGGGGUACAAGUACCCCGGGGCAGCGAUGGACCGCGUCAGCUUGCUGUGGCGUCUACGUCGUCGGGCCCGUCGCGGGGCGCUCUGUAUGGGCCUCUUCUGCAUCUCCAUGGCAAUGCUCUAUGCCCUCUGUGCCGAGAACAGCGUACCUGUCACCGAUGCUAUCUUCGGGGUGCGGGCACGGACCCGCGCCCAGCCCCGGGCACACUCCAAUAUCAAGGUGCUGAGAGGUGGGGCCAAGCCCAUGUACCUCGACCCCCAGAAGCUCCCCGGCGUCAUCCCUGGCAACGCCCACCGUCCAAUCCCAGUCCUCUCCUCUCCAAACCACACACAGGAAGUCACAGCUAAGGAGACACACCCCAAACAUCCCAAGAGAGAGCGAGAGUCAUCGGGAUUCUUCGCCUGGCUCUUGCCGCGCCCCUUCAGGCGGGCCAUGGAGACCCUGUUUGGGGGCCGUCGUCGGGGGGAGCUUAGUGGAACAGUCGGGGACGCAGAAUUUUUUGGCCCUCACAGAGCUCUGGGGGAGGUCUGGGACGACGAGAUGUCCAGUAACAUGCUGGGGAAGAGGCUGAGGAAAGUGGUGCAGAACUAUCAGGCGAUGAAUAAGUAUGGUGUGGAGUUCUCUGGUCCUGGGGGCGUGGCCACUCGUCCUAAACUGAGCGGCUCAGAGUUGCUGUGCCAGCUGAAGUACAAGGUAGAAGUUGCGACCCUGACCCCUGACCUCGAGCCCUUCUCCUCUCUGCCCUGGGCGUACCAGCUGCCCCUACAACCCAUAACCUCUGACCUUGGACCCUACAAGAGCUGUGCAGUGGUAUCGUCGGCUGGGUCACUACGCUACUCUGGACUGGGCAAGGAGAUUGACUCCCAUGAUGCAGUGCUGCGGUUCAACGCAGCGCCCACCGUGGGGUACGAGAAAGACGUCGGCUCCAAGACCACCAUCCGCCUCCUUAACUCCCAGGUGAUGGCAUCAGACGACCACCGCUUCCUGUCCAGCUCUCUGUACAGCACAGGUGUGCUGGUGGCCUGGGACCCUUCCCCCUUUUCUGCUGACCUCAACCAGUGGUACAACAAGACUGACUACCCCAUCUUCGCCCAGUACCAGCGGUACAGGAGGCUCCACCCCCUCCAGCCCUUCUACAUCCUGCACCCCAGCUUUGAGUGGCAGCUCUGGCAGCGAAUCCAGGACAACAUGGCCGAGCCCAUCCAGAAGAACCCGCCCUCCUCUGGACUGCUGGAGCCAGGGACUGAGAUACUAGUCAGGAUCAAGAGAAAGAUGAACGGAGCAAAGUACAGAGAGAUCCUUGACGAAAGCCUGCUCCAGAGCGCUCAGGACCUCAGACUGGAGCGAAGGUUCACCUUCCAACAGGACAACGACCCUAAGCACACAGUCAAGACAACACGCGAGUGGCUUCGGGACAAGUCUCUGAAUGUCCUUGAGAAGCCCAGCCAGAGUCCGGACUUGAACCCGAUCUAUCUCUGGAGAGGCCUGGAAAUAGCUGUGCAGCGACGCUCCCCAUCCAUCCUGACAGAGCUUGAGAGGAUCUGGGAGAAUGGGAGAAACUCCCCAAAUACAGGUGCAGUGGAGGUUCUCGCUUGUAUGGCUCCCUGGGCGAACCCUCCCUUUCCGCACCAUUCUGCACUAACUGUAAUUUUUAUUCAGAUAUUUGGAACAACACAAUUACAUAAUCAUAACAUUUAAAAAUAUUUAAAUAUAAAAAUAUUUACAAGAAUAAGACUCAUAUUUAUCAAAAAUAAGUAACAAAGAUGAAUAUAAACAAAUUUUAGUAUAUAAAUACAAAUAAAAAGAGAAUCUAAUUAUUACUCUAUUACCCUAAUGCUAACAAAAAACACAAAAAUAAAAAUUAAUUGCACAAAUCCUAUAUCACACAAAUGUCACGGAUCCCGGAACUUUCAUUACGCACACCUGGCCCCUAUUCCCAGUGAUUAGUAAUUGUAUAAGUGUGCCCUUGGUUCACCAUUGUCUUGUCGAUUAUUGUUACUAUGUCCGUUGGUCGUGUGAGUGCCUGUACUGUGUGUUUUGACUUCCGUGCCCUUGUGGAUUGUGCAGAUGAUUACGGGUCUUGUCCACUGUGUUAAUCAUUGUGCGUGUGUGUUAUUUAUUCGAGGUACUCCUCGUUCUUUUGUUUGGGUUUCAACAAUGUGUUUUGCAUAUGUGUUUGUUUGGUCUUCGUCCCCAUGACUUUACAUGGCACGCUGUAAUUUGAGUAAUAAUAAAAAAACAUAUUACGCAUUCCUGCGCCUGUCUCCCGAUCCCUUUAAACCAGCGUGACAACAAAUACAAAAAUAGAAUAACACACUUAUAACACUAUUACACUAUUGCACUUCAAACAAGAAACACACAAACUAAAUUGCACAACUGCCAUUAAACCCUGACCGUUCUUGCCUUCCUUGGUACAAAGUCAUCAAUUACAUCAUCAUAAGAAAUCUGCCCAUCAAUUGCAUGGUUAAUACUGAUGACAGCAAGGCCACUAAGGCGUUCUUGUGGCAUGGUGGACCUCAGGUAGGAUUUGAUGAGCUUCAGCUUUGAUACGCUCCUCUCUGCUUCAACUACGGUCACUGGAAGAGUUAGACAAAUUCUGAGAGCACAAAUUUGGAUACAUUUCUGAGAGCUCCCUUUCGUGUAUAAAUAUCAGCAGCUCAAGCAAGGUCAUGGUCUUCGAUGGCAAGUCAAGCAAGUUCAUCAGUUCCUGUGCAAGCUUUCUGCCGUCCAAGUCUGAGUGUUCUUUAUAGUGCAGUGUCAUACUAAGGGCCUCACGUUGUCCUAUCAGCUCCUCAUUUGAGAGACUUUAGAAGGUUGACAGCACUCCAAACUUCUCUCCCACAUUUUCCAAUGUGGAAAAUCUUUCCUGAAGGGCUGAGGUUGCUGCAUCUACAACAACAUUGAAAAAUGUCACCUCCAGCUUCUUCAGGGCAUCACUCAAACGCUCAUCAAAUGAUUCAUAUGAAAAGUGCCACUUUGUGGACCUCAGCCUUUUUUGUUGUAGAAUGGCUUCUACAUUAACACCCUCGCAAAUAUCCUUGGCUGACGUUUGUGCAGUCAUAAAGCCUGUUGCCCUGUAGUUGCUGAGAACUCUCUCUGUCUUUCUGAGAAGACUGACUGCAACAUCCACAUGCAUACUGGGAGACUGCAUCAGCUUGCUCAUAUGUUGGAUCUGGCUCAAGAUGUCAUACCACACCACUGUACAGAUGCUGAAGCGGUAUGAUCCCACCUCCUCUGACAAGGACUGGGCCUCAAUCUUUAUCACAGGGUCUAUGGUUUGAUCCCUCACCUCAAUCAGUGCCUCUCACUGCUGCUGCUUGAUACCUCAGUGGCUCAACACUCUUAACUUUACUCCCCCACCUUGUCUCAGUCCAUAUCUUCAAAGUGAUGUCCACAUGUUUUUUUCAGGAUGGCCCAUCAGUGUGUGGAGGCUGAAAACAAGGUGUACAGUUUGUGUAAGAUGCCAAAGUAACCUGUGGCAUUGACAUAAUUUUAAACAGCAUCAGCCACAACAAAGGUUCAAUGUGUGAGCCCCACAUGGCACAAAUAGAGCUGUUGGAUGCAUUUCCAGGAGUCUGGUUUGGACACCUUUGUUUUUGCCUCUCAUGUUGGCCCCAUUAUCAUAAGACUGUCCUCUGCAGUCCUCAAAAUGAAUUUUUAGCUCCUCUAAUCUUUUGAGAAUCAGGGAUGCCAAAAGUUGGCCCGUGGACUCCUCUGCCUCCAUGCUUCCCAGCAUUGCGGAUCAUUGGGCUCCCACACCUCAGCGGGAUCGACAGGCCUUCACGCCUCAGCUGGAUCGUCGGGCUCCUAUGCCUCAGCCUGCUCGCCAGGCUCUAACACCUCUGCCGGUUCGUCUGGGUUUUACGGCCAGCCGGUUUGUCCAGAACCCGUGCCUUGGCCGGCCUGUCAGGCUCGCCCAUGUGAGAUGCCGGGUGGCGCCCCUAGGGGGGGGGGAGUACUGUCACGCCUGCUCCCGCUCUUUCCCCCUGGCGAUCGAGGGCGCCAGGCUCCCCAACAUCUCCCACUCCUGCCACCAUCAUUACGCACACCUGCCUUCCCCCCCGUCACUCGCAUCAGCGUAUUAUUGGACUCACCUGGACUCAAUCACCUGUUUAUUACCUCCCCUAUAUUUGUCAGUUCCCCAUCUCUGUUCCCCGCUGCUACAUUGAUUGUCGUUUGUCAUUGUGUAUCCGUGUGCUGACACUGUUUAUGUCUUGCUCUUUGUCUGUUUUUAAUUAAAUGUCAUCUCCCCGUACCCGCUUCUCGUCUCCGUCAUCUGUCCUUACAGAAGUCCGUUUUUGGACACGGUUAUGUUGCUCUUUCAUGACUGGAUCAAAUUGUGCCAUCAGUUCAACCUCUUUGAGGAAAUUUCCAUUUGAUGGAGAGUACAGUGUUUCUGUGUGUCCCCUUAGUACCAGCUUUCUAAUUGCCAGAGACUGCACAAUAGCAGUCAGACGUAUCAACACCUCUCUCCAUCUUGUCCUCUCAGACUCCCUAAGUGCCAUCUCAUGCUUAUCAAUUGUUUACCCUUUUUUGAUACUCAUUGACAGUUCUUUCCAUGUUUUCAUGCAGUUUUGGUGUUCUGGACUGCUGUCAUGUGAAGUCAGCAAAGAACUUGCAUGUUUCCAGUCAGUCAGUCCUGAAUUUGCAAAAUACAUUUUCUUCUCAGAAAAGAGUUUGCAGCAGAAGCAGAAAAGUUGUUUCUUUCCGAAUGUUUUCACCACUCACCAAGUUCUUCCUGAAAUACUGGUUGUGGCAACUUCUUCCAUCAUUCUCAUUCCCUGGGAAAACAAAGUUAGGUGGUACCUCACUUGGGUCCUCUGCAAACGAGUUGUGUCCGAAUUCUGUCAAUCAGAACUGAAGGCCAGUCAGCAGGGUCUGUAGAUAGUGGUUCAUCCUCAGCAGUAGGAUUUAGUGGGGAUGCUGCUACAGGCAUUUCUAAUGGAGAGCACAUGGGCAUUAGUUUACACAUGUUAUUCACAGCAUUUAUAGUGGUGGAACAUCCCACAUACAUACCCAGUAAUAAUAAAAUCAUCAUUGUUACCUACAAUAUGGAAACUUAAAACUUUACAAAGGGGAAAUUAUUAUUUUGUUUGUGUUAUACAGGGAUGCGCACAUAAAUACAUGUCGGUGCACCCACACACACACACACACACACACACACACACACGUGCGGGUGCGCAAAAACACACCUGAAGAAUCCUGCUGUGGAAAAGUGGAAGCAAAUGGGUCUUCAUCCUCAGACAACAUUUGUGAAGACACCUGUGUGGCUGAGGAGGUGAAUGGCUCCUCAUCCUGAGGCUCCAAGAUCAUUUCUGAAGAGGCCUGUGUGGCUGAGGAGGUAGAUGGCUCCUCAUCCUUUUUGGAGAAGGUGCCCUGAAUUUACAUUGAAAUACAGUAUAUGAGUCUGACACCCUAAAUACAUUAGUUGCACAAUUAAAUAUGUCAUUAUGCACAAUUGAUCAAACUUUCAGAAUAGGAACCACAUGAACCAUACAACCUCCUUGGCUAAUUCUAGGUAUAAGACACCCCAAAAGACUCAAUAUAUCACUAAAUAUACAAAUUAUCAGCAUAAAGUAUUUUAAGUUAGCCUACAGCAUUGGAAAUUCCCCUUACUGAGCUCAGGACCUAGUCAACACAAUCACAAAAAACCUUUAUGAUGUUAUCUCAAUGAAUGUUAUGUAAGCUAGUUGGACAGAGAACUGAAUAUUGUCGCCCUGUGUGUAAUAGCAUAGCAAGCAACAUAGCAACAUAGGCUAACAAACAUAAGUGUUAUAAUAGCCUAUUUUGAUACGAAUUGUGGUUUAUUUGGUAGCAUUUCGUAGUGUGACUGAUUUUACUAAUUGUGUUUGUACUGUACAAAGUUAGAGGUGCGCUAUUUGAUAGAUUCCCCCGCUCCAGGCUCCCAGUGUUGAGAUCUGAGGUCAACCUACCCCAGCCCCUCUCCCCAUCUCGUACUUCUGAGUGGGAGACCUUCCCAGGCAGUAGCCUGCCUAGCUCACAAACUAGAAUCAGGGCGCCCACUCCGACAAGGUUAAUUGACCCACAGUCCCACAAGGUGACAUGAUAUCAUUGGCGUGACGUGCAAAUGAGCGAUAGAAAACCGAUCGCGCAAAUGUCACCAAAGCUUGUCACCAAAACGUGACGUGCAAAUGAGCGAUAGAAAACCGAUCGCGCAAAUGUCCCCAAAGCUUGUCACCAAAACGUGCAGGUGCCCCGUGCCACCCCCGGCAAGAUGCCGCCUUGGGCGGCUGCCCAUGUCGCCCAUAACUAAAUCCGCUACUGUACAGGUGUGCCAAGCUUGUAGCAUCAUACCGAAGAAGACUUGGGGCAGUAAUUGCUGCCAAAGGUGCUUCAACAAAGUACUGAGUAAAGGGUCUGAAUACUUAUGUAAAUAUGAUAUUUCAGUUGUUUAUUUUGUAUCAAUUUUCAAAAACAGUUUUUGCUUUGUCAUUAUGGGGUAUUGUGUGUAGAUUGAUGAGGGGAAAAAACUAUUUAAUACAUUUUAGAAUAAGGCUGUAACGUAACAAAAUGUGGAAAAGGGGGAAGGGGUCUGAAUUGUUUUCGAAUGCACUGUACAUAUACAUACUGUACCACAGCCAUUAUCCCAUAGAAUUCGAAUGAGUAGAACGGCCAUUCCCAUCCGGAAGUGUUGGUUGGGGUGAUCAACAAGUAGCCUCUUUUCACAGGCGAUGUAUCUCUGACACAAUGCCUGUUGUCCUUAUAUGUGCAUUCUUAGUUGGAGACCCCCAGUGUGAUUGGAUCUUCUUUGAUCUUCAAUUCUAAUUCUAUGUUCAAUACAAUCUCUGUACAGAAAUACUAGCUAAUAUAUUGACUUACUAGCUAAUACAGUCUAUCUAGCUAAUACAGUCAUACUAGCUUAUAUUAAACUCACAUACUAAGUUUCAAUAAAAAUGAAUACACAUAUAAGGAAGCUUGUUUUAACCUUUAAAUAACUUCAUGAACCACAAACCAGUACAGCCAUCUCAAUACUGAGCCACUAAGUUUGUAGCAACUCUAUAGGCUUGACAGGCUAGCGUUAGCAUAGUUUUAACUCUGCAAUAUAUAACACUUUGGUGGGGAGAUAUCAGGGAAUAGACCAUAUAAACGGAGUAGAAAAUAUUACCUCAGAGGAGCUAUAAAUCAAUAAAUUCAAACCAGAAUAUUAUCUGGUGACAUUUUGUCUUGUUAUUCUAUGGCCUUACCUAGCUUAGGCGCAAACCCAGUCGUCGAUAUGUCAAAAUCGCUAACAGUUUUCACAAAACCAAUUUCAACAUUUAAACUUUAGAAUUUCAAUAUAAAUGGUAAGUUUCACUCAGAUCCCCGUUUCAACUAACAUUUUCUCUAAAUAAUGUGCUUUGUACACCACGUACCUGUUUAAAAGAACAAAGAAAAAUGAGACGAGGAGAAGCGGUUAGAGUUGUUGGGGGGAGACGGAAACCGCUAUGCUUGUGCUCCUAACCACCCCCUGGUGGUGGCAACAGGCAUAAACAAUUCCCAAUGGAAAUCCUUGGAGGAUUAUACAGUAAAAUAAUGAUUACAACAACAAUAUCUAAACCAUGUUUCAUAAAUACAAUGUGAUUCCAUAACCUUAUGGGCAGCCACAACUAUAGUGUAUGAAAAUAAACAUUCAUACUUAGAUAGGUUUAUGUGCGUUUUCAAAACGUUAACAUCACAAAUUAAAAACCUACAAUAGUUGGCUAAGCCAUCUCAAUCUAAUCAAAAAAUAAAAUGGCAAGUAUCAUCUACAGUAGCUACUAGAAACAACAAAGUAGUCAUAAGGUUGCGUAAAACCAAAUGCAAUAAGAAAAUAAUGAAUCCCUAUGUGUGAGAUUUAUGUAUGUUUUUUUAAAUAUAUGGCAUCAAAAAAUAUAUACACUCUUCUGGAAUACAUUUCAAAGCAGCAAGGAGGGCAUUAAUCAGAGAGGCAACAAAUAGACCAAAGAUAAACCAUCCCCACAGUGAAGCAUGGUGGUGGCAGCAUCAUGCUGUGGAGAUGUUUUUCAUCGGCAGGGACUUGGAAACUGGUCAGAAUUGAAGGAAUGAUGGAUGGGAGCGAAAUACAGAGAAAUUCUUGAGGGAAACCUAUUUCAGUCAUCCAGAAAUUUGAGACUGGGAUGGAGGUUCACCUUCCAGCAGAACAAUGACCCUAAGCAUACUGCUAAAACAACACUCAAGUGGUUUAAGGGGAAACAUUUAAAUGUCUUGGAAUGGCCUAGUCAAAGCCCAGACCUCAAUCCAACUGAGAAUCUGUGGUAUGACUUAAAGAUUGCUGUACACCAGCAGAACCCAUCCAACUUGAAGGAGCUGUAGCAGUUUUGCCUUGAAGAAUGGACAAAAAUCCCAGUGGCUAGAUGUGCCAAGUUUAUAGAGACAUACCCCAAGAGACUUGCAGCUGUAAUUGCUGCAAAAGGUGGCUCUACAAAGUAUUGACUUUGGGGGGAUGAAUAGUUAUGCACACUCAAGUUAACGUUUUUUUGUCUUUUUUCUUGUUUGUUUCACAAUAAAAAACAUUUUGCAUCUUCAAAGUGGUAGGCAUGUUGUGUAAAUCAAAUGAUACAACCCCCCCCCAAAAAAUUUAAAAAGGCAACAAAAUAGGAAAAAUGCCAAGGGGGUGAAUACUUUUGCAAGCCCCUGUAUAUUAGGUCAUAUAUGCCCAUAUAUUACUUUUCCAUAUGGGUAUCCUGCGCUAUCCCGAUGUAAAGUGUCGGCCUCAUUAAGCUCAGAUAGCAGAGCCCUAAUUCCUAUCCCUUCAUCAUCAGGGGUCCUCAACUCCUCAUUGCAUCAUGACCGAUGCACAAUAGCGGCAAUAUACUACCUGAGCCUAACCUAGAUUACAAUCCAACCUGGACAUUUUUUCUUUAUGGUCCUUUGAGCCAGAUUAGACCCAGUUUACAUUCAACUAAACCCCCUCCCUCUCCCCUUC